UUUUAAGUUGCGCUCGAGGCUCGCGCAUGGCGGCGGCGGCGGCGGCGGCGGCACUACACACGCUGGAAUGUGUGCCUCGUGCGGAUGGCUCGCGCUUGGGUUCUCCACAGCAGCUGGCAUUGAUUACUCGGGGAACAGCCUCUCUCGAGUCCCGUCGACCGCCUUCUCUCGAGCUCGUCACGCGUUAAACACGCGUCGCGCGCGGAUCAAUAGUUGUAGCGACGUCGUUGUUUUGUUUUUUUGGGGGGGAUCAUCUUGUAGGGAUCGAUCUCAAGUUCAACAUCGUGACAUCAAGCUCGAGAGUUUUCAUGACAGCAGCCUGACUUGAAACUCAAACAUUGACCAAGUUAGACCCCAUCGGGAAGACAUUAGAGUUCCUUCCUUCCUUUUUCUACGUUUGCGUGUAAGAGGAGACUUUCACAUUGAGAUCCACUUGGCGAGAUGCUGCUCUUCCUGCUCGGAGUGCUUGUUUUGCACUUAAUCAUUCUCGUUCUUCUCAUUGUGUCGACGGCAGCCAGCGCCUGGUCUGUAGGUGGGGAUAGUACCACAGAUCUAUGGUACAGUUGCAUGACAACUAAUGGAGGCUACCACUGCAAGCCCGCCAGCAAUGAAGACUGGAUCCAGGCGGUGCAGGCCCUCAUGAUCCUGUCCCUGCUCUUCUGCUUCUUCUCCCUCAUUGCAUUCGUGUUUCAGCUCUUCAAACUGGUCAAGGGCGGACGCUUCUUCUUCACGGCCGUCUUCCAGAUCUUGGCAAGUGUGUUUGUGAUGUGCGCGGCCAUCAUCUACACCGUGAUGAGUCCGGAUGACGGAUCCGGCGUUCAAUUCGGCUACGCUUACGUGCUGGCCUGGGUGGCGUUCCCUCUGUGUCUCAUCAGCGGGCUCAUUUAUAUCGUCCUGAGGAAGAAAGAAUGAGCGAAAGAGAGAGAGAGCAGAGGAGAAAAGAGGAGGGGUAGUAAGGGGACCCCCCCCUUACAACAACAUCGCACUGUGCCUACUGCCCACAGACCAUUGACUGACAUCCCAACAAUACGACAAAAGUGCAUGUGUCACCAAUCAUUUUCAACACUAAAUUGGAGACAUUUAUCACUGCAGGGGAUACAUGUAGCUGUAUUUCAGGAUCCACUAAGUCCCCCAUCACAUCCUGAAAUAUAUCGCACCUGUUUGCUUUGUCGAUUUUUCAAACAGUGUUAAAUAAUACACGUCGACCUGCAGUGACAGAUUGUCUUAAAAGAGUGUUCUUAAAUGUGAUUUCUUGUCGCAUGCUGGCGCCCGACUUCCACAAAUCCAUCAUGUGUGAUACCAAAGACGAGUAAUCUCUGCCUUGCUUCAGUACAAAGAUGUACAUAGUGUCUGUGGUUUUUAGACAUAUUUAUAACAUUUUUACAUACAUUUUGUACAUAUUGUUGUCAAGUUAACAUUGUCAUGCUCAUUUACGUGAUAGACUUUUUUUUGUCUCUCACAAAUCAUGCAGCUGUGCCAAAGAGAUGUCCCUUAAUCUCAGAGUAUCAAGCUUUAAAUUCUCUUUAUUUUGAGUGUCCCAAUGCUUUGAAUCACGUGCCUUACUCUGAAUAUCUGUGUUGUUCUUUGAAGGAAAUGAGAAACUCUACAGACAUUUUAAGAAGUCUUAAUAAACUCAUGACGUUUUUAUUAUCAUUGUACUUGAUAUGCCAAUUAAUGUCUUUAUUUUGGUUUUGCAUUUUGUAAUCUAGUUUUGAAAAAUGGUGCUUUAAUCUACUAUUCUUGAAAUGUAUAGCCUACUUUGUGUUGCAAGUGUGUCGUGUGCCCUGUGAUUAAUUUGCUUUGUACAAACCCCAGUUUGCAUUUUUGUCAGUAUUCUUUUAAAUAAAACCUUUGAAAUUAAUAA